UCUGUUGUUUGCUGAGCCGCCGGUGGGAAGAACUCCUGGGAAUCCUCCUCGGUCCGUGCCAAUUGUGACAACCCAGAUAACUUCCUUUGACUCCUCCCGGCCCAGGAUAUAAGCCCAGACUAUCUGGCCCCAAAAAAGCUGGUGUUAAAAACCCCAAGGAAUCCGGCGCCAGAUUGGCCUCAGUCGUCUACCGCCCAAGCCCCCCCUUUUGUUUUGUUCCUCAGAGAGCUUGCAAUAGACGCCAUGGACACUCCCACCACCGAGAGCGCGCCUCAGCCCAACGGCCAUCCCACGCCAGGCCAGUCCUCGCCGCCCAAUGGCCUUGCCUACACGGUUCGGGAGCAGCCACUCGGGUCGACAAAGCACAUCCGCAUCGUGGGCAUCGGGGCCGGCGCGAGCGGGCUGAACCUGGUCCGCACGCUGCGGCUCAACCUCACCGACUACGAGCUUGUUAUCUACGAGAAGAACGCGGAUGUGGGGGGCACCUGGCUCGAGAACCGCUAUCCCGGCUGCCGGUGCGACGUCCCAAGUCACAGCUACCAGUUUUCGUGGCGGCAAAAGAAGGACUGGUCCAACUUCUUCGCGCCGGCCGAGGAGAUCGGAAGCUAUCUCUGCCAGGCCUGCGAUGACGAGGACAUGAGGGACUCGAUCAAGACCUCGCACCAAGUGGUGAAGGCUCAGUGGAACGAGAAAGACGGCCAGUGGGACCUGGUUGUUCGAAACCUGGGAACUGGAGAGGAGUUCGGCGACCACGCUACUUUUCUCGUCGACGGGACGGGCAUUCUGAACAACUGGAAAUGGCCCGACGUCGAAGGAGUGGAUACUUAUCAGGGUACCUUGAUACACACUGCCCGCUGGCCCAAGGAAUUCGACCACACGGGCAAGACCAUCGCCGUCAUUGGCAAUGGCUCGAGCGGCAUCCAGGUGCUUCCGGAGCUCCAGCCAGGGGCCGAAAAACUGUACCAUGUCUUCCGAACGCCAACUUGGGUGAUUCCGCCCAGGAUACAGGCCUGGAAAGUCAUGGGCCAAGCCGGGGAGAUCCUCAGCAAGAUCCAGCUGGACGCGCAGGAGAACUUCUCCCAGGAAACGAUCGAGAAGUUCCAGUCUGAUCCCGAGUUCUACCGCGAGUUCGUCAAGAAGAUCGAGGUCGAGGUCAACAACACCUUCCCCAUCGUCCUGACACAAAGUCCGGUACAAGCCUUUGCGCGAGCAAAGGUCACGGAAUACAUGACACUGAUGCUCGGCGGGAACCCGGAGCUCUGCAAGGCACUGAUCCCCGACUUCCCGCUCGGGUGCAGGAGAAUGACUCCCGGCCACGGGUACCUCCAGGCCCUGACAAGGCCCAACGUCGAGGUCAAAAGGUCUGAGAUCAAACGGUUCGUGCCGGAGGGUAUUGAGCUCGAGUCGGGCGAGGUCCUGAAGGUCGACGCCAUCAUCUGCGCCACCGGCUUCGACACCUCCUUCUGCCCGCGCUUCCCGAUCAUCGGCCGCGACGGCAACCUCCAGGAGCGGUGGCAGAAGGAGACGCCCAAGGCAUACAUGUCGUGCGCCGUCGCCGGGCUGCCCAACUACUUCAUGUUCCUCGGCCCGAACGCACCGAUAGGCCACGGCAGCGUGUUCACGCUGAGCGAGCACAUCGCCAAGUACAUCACGUCGGUGAUCAGGAAGUGCCAGGCGGAGGGGAUCAAGGCGAUCGCGCCGUCGGCGGCGGCGGUGGACGACUACUUCGAGCACGUCACGGCGUUCAUGCCGCGCACCGCGUGGGCCGCGGCCGGCGGCCGCUCGUGGUUCAAGAACGGGCGCGCCGACGGGCCGGUCACCGCGCUGCACCCGGGCAGCAGGAUCCACUUCUUCCACAUGCUGGAGCGCUUCCGCGGCGAGGACUGGGAGUACGUGUACGACGACGACGCGAGGCAGAACCGCUUUGCGUACUUGGGGAAUGGGUUCUCCACCAAGGAGCUGGAUCCGCAGGCAGACUCGACGUGGUACCUGGAUGAGCCGACCGUUGUGCGGUGAAGGGGGUAGGGAGGGGUUGGUGGUGGCUGUGGCGGGUUAGACAGAGGCAGCCUCGCCCCCGUUUGUUUGUCUUAGAACCUAGAGCAGGCAGAUAUGUAG